UCAUCGAUGCAUGGGAGGAAUCAAAGUCUUUGUGCGAAAUGUGAGAGGUAGUCAUGGGUCUAACGGAAUCAUGUCCCCCGAUAUGCCCUCAACCGAAAACAGCCUGUGGAAUUGCCCAGAGAUAAAACACUAAUGGCUGUGACGUCACGUCGAGAGCUCAGUGAAAGUCGCUCUUGAAGCCGCGGGUAAGAACGGGGGCAAGCCCGAGAGGUAUUGGUAUAUUGAACAGUAUAGUGACGCCGCAGUGUCUCCACGAGCUGCCCAUCAUUAAUUUCACAAGUUAUCCGGGUAUUUGCAUUACAUGGUACUGGACCUGAUGCUCAGCGUAGUCUGUGAGCAGUGAGCUCCUAUUUGAUGUGGUUUCAUCUUGACUUCUUAUCCAUCAGUUUUGGGAAUAUUGUGAAACACAAUGGAAAGAGUCGAAAUGGGUACAAGACGAAGAGAGAUAUAACUUGGAGACAGCGAAGAUGGACGUUUCCCAAACCGGCAGCCACUGUCUAGUUAGUGAUAUAUCUCAUGCGGAAAAUAUCGAGACAAAUUUCAUUUUACGCAAUUGCUGCAAAGUGUUCCGGUGGCGCAGCCGUCUCAUAUCAUACUAGCCAUCCCGGAGAGUGGGAUCACAGAGUCACUGCGCUCCAAGCUCAGAGAAUAAUUUGCGGUGAAAAGCAGAUUAAAUUAAAGUGAGAAAAUGCCUCACUUCAAAUGAUGUGAUGGUCUAACGACUUGAACUUUUCUCUCCACUAUAGGCUAUCUGAAGAACGAAAAGGUUGCAUUAAUUUGGAAUUGAAGGGAUCAUAUAAAUUAUCUGUCAUGGAUUGUGCCUAUUUUGUAUUUUACUUUGAAUUUAAGCCAACGGAGUAGCCUUAGGGAAUCAACUCACUUUUCUUUUAAACACUGCUGCAUUGGAUCAGAAUGGAUUUGUCAUUGUAGCCAACUGCUGCUGCUGAAGACCGCGCGCUCCGUCCGGAAUUUCAGACUUUUUUUCCCUCAACGAUGCAGCUCCUUCGACUAGCGUGGGCUUUAACCGGAGCCGCAGUCUGCUGUUUUGUUAUCCUCCUCAUUCACUCACACGUUCUAAAAGAAGGUCAGUUGGCAGCAGGUACGUGUGAGAUUGUCACUCUGGACCGGGACAGCAGUCAGCCGCGGCGGACCAUAGCACGACAGACGGCGAGGUGUGCCUGCAAGAAGGGACAGAUUGCCGGCACCACGAGAGCCAGACCGGCGUGUGUAGACGCUCUCAUUGUGAGAAGCCGGCAGUGGUGUGAGAUGACGCCUUGCUUGGAUGACGAGGGCUGUGACCUCUUAGUAAACCACUCGGGCUGGACCUGCACACAGCCAGGGGGCCGGGUGAAGACCACCACGGCCCUAUGACGACACACACACAAAGACACAACGCCUUGCCAGCCAGACAGACAGCAAAAGUCAACCACUUUUCAAGGACAGACAGGAGAGAAACAACAAACUGCAGAUCCUGGCAGGCUAGAGCGACACAGCAAGGUCUCCUGAUGAUGGCGGGGACAGACGCUCCCGAGCGAGAGAGAGGGGAUGGUGUGUGAGCUGCUUCCCAUAGUCCAUCGUCACCGCCUGUGUGGAGCAUACGUCGUCUUAUCAUCAGCUGUCCGUCUAUUGUUCUGUGCAGCAGUGUGAAGCCACGUAGAAAGGCCCGGACUCCAAAUACAGGAAUUGGAGCUUAACAUGGAACAUAUGGACUCUGCAAUGCUCUAUUAUUCCAUGGGAGACAGAACUUAUUUUUCAGUUGAGUUUGGAGAAUUCUGAUGUGUGUCGUCAUGAACUUCUGGAUCUGACCCAACCUAGACUUUGGAGACACGGGACAAAAUGUUUAUUUUGGAGUUUCCGCUUGGCAACUCCUCUGUAGUGAUUUUACAGACCAAAGAAAAAGAUAGCCGACUGCUCCAUAUUUUGGAGACACAGUGGACUUUGGGAUGAGGGGUUUAGAGACUUUUCCAAGUUGAUGAAACAUGCAAUCCAAUAUUCCCUCUCACAAUAUUACAGACUCUAGACAUACCCACAAAUGUACACAUGGUGAUAAAAGUGAUGUGUUGUGCAGAGUAAUUGUGUACAAAUGAAUGACGAAUACUGAAUGGAAAAAGUCAAGGGACGUUGUGUAAUUCGUCAAUGAUGUUUCUCUUGGACUACUAAACUGUACUUGUAUACUCACUGCUCUAUUUUGAACAUACAUUAAAUCAGAUAUACAUUUUCAAUUGCUAUAUUUGGACAAUUUGCAGUCAGCAUGACUGGCUAUAGUGAAAGAAACACAUCAUUUCUCACCAGUAAAGAAGAGGAGGAAAAGAGUAAAUACAUCAUAUCUGUUUGGGGGAAAGAAACAUUAAAUGUAUUUUCAAAAGCCUAAAGUUAUAUAUUUAACAGUUUUAUAUGUUGUAUCUUUGUAGAAAACCUUAUUUAACACUGAAAAUGUGGUCACAUUGUGUAUCCACAGUUUAUGAUUGGCAAUGAGCUAUGUCCUUAACCUACUGGUCUCUUGUUCAUUUGAACAAGGUUUUUCAUCAUAAAAAGUCAAUUAUUUAACAUGAAAUGAAGAAGAAACAGAAUUAAAGCAUUCAGAUCAUAGUACAGAGCCCAUUUCUGAAGAAAGGUUAUAUGUUCUAAUUCAGAUCAUAGUACAGAGCCCAUUUCUGAAGAAAGGUUAUAUGUUGUAAGUGUUCUACUUUUAUAGCCCCUCCCCAGUAACCUUUGUGAAAAUGUUGCACAAUUUGGGGUUUUACUUUUCAAACCACUUAAACUCCAUUCAAUGACCAAGCUACUGCCAUUUUCAAUGGAAGGGGGAGACAUUUAGUGAGUUACUCAUUGGCGACUACAGUUUGCGACUAAAGCUCAGAAAGUGACAAGGCUACUUUUGCAAUAGCCAAUGGGGGAGAGAAGCUCUCGUGCUAGUGAACUUCUACACUGCUGGUGAGGCUACCACCAACAUGCUGUUUUGUAUGUUCAGAAGAAACACACAUGAGGAUCAUUUCAUCAACAUGGUACGGAAGGUCGCGAGCGGUAUGAACGUCCUGUUAGUAGUUCAACCCUAGUGGUGGGAUUAUGCCACAGCAUUGGAGUAUUGGAUCAAUGAGUGGCAAAUACGUACACUAUUAUGGGCCAAUUUAAACAUAACUUCUACCACUGUCUGUAGUCUCAAUGCAAGUUUUCUCUGGGAUUCUGUAAAGAUUUUACUUUAUAUCAGAGUGACUUCAUGGGAAUAUCAUAUACAUAGGUAAACAUUGAUUUACAACAUCUAUCAUCCUACAGUACCAUCUCUAGACAAACAUGGAUUUAACUAAUUGUUUCCUCCUUAUUUCAACUGACUUCAUCAACAUAAUCCGGUUGCAUCAAUGUGGCUAAUUGGUAUAAUUAGUGAAAAAGUAUCAAUAAUAUACAGAUUACACAUGGUCUACUUUCACAAUAUUUCCUGUAGAUUUUGAGUCUAGAAGACAUGAGUAUCAUGCUCUUUAGAUGUUGUUCGCACAUGGCCAUUUAAAUGCCUUUGUCCCAUCAAAGAGGAUAUCAAAUCACUUGCAUAGAGUAUUUCCAAAUGACAUACAGUCGGGUCCAAAAUUUGUGAGCAAAAAACAAAAUAAUAAAAAAUACUAAGCUCCAAAAAAUGUAUUUGUAUUUAAAUAAACAGAGCAUCAUAUACAGUGGGGUGUGAAAUUAUUGACACCCUUGAUAACGAUGAGAAACAUCACUGUAUAAAAUAAAUAAUUCUAAUAUUAUUUGGGAAAUUAUAUUACUUAAUACUAAACGCAAUUGCUCAGAGAAAGAGAUUUUGUUAAACAAGUAAUAUCUUUUUUUAUAUAUAUUUUUUAAGAUCAAAAUUAUUGGCAACCUGGUUUUCAAUGUCUUUCAAUACCUCACAUUUCGAGGUUAAUGUCACUGACCCUUUUUCUAAAAUGCUUUUGAGAUUGGACAACACAUUGGGAGGGAUCUUAGAACAUUCCUCCAUACAGAAUCUUUCCAGAUCCUUGAUAUCCUUUGUCUGCGCUUAUGGACUGUCCUCUUCAAUUCAAACGACAUGUUUUCAAUUGGGUUGAAGUCCAGAGUCUGAGAUGGCCAUUGCAAAAUGUUUAUUUUGUAGAUAACUAAUAUUUUUGUGUGGAUUUUGAUGUGUGCUUGGGGUUAUUGUCUUUCUGGAAGAUGAACUUGCGGCCAAGUUUCAGCCUCCUAACAGAGGCAACCAGGUUUUUGGCAAAAAUGUCCUGGUACUGGGUAAAAUUCAUGAUGCCGUUGACCUUAACAUGGGCCGCAGGACCAUUGGAAGCAAAAUACCCCCAUAACAUCAAAGAUCCACCACUAUAUUUAAAAGUAGGUAUGGUCUUCUUUCUGCAAGACCCACCACUGGUGUCUGUGGCCAAAGAGCUCAAUUAUCACGUCAUCCAACAAAUGUAAAUGCCAAGAGUUUUCUAAACGGCACUGGCACUUGGAUUGGAACCUGUGCUAUGGUCAGAAGACAUGAAAAUAGACACCAGUGGUGUGCAUCGCAAGAAAGAUGCGUUUAUCAAGGUGGCCAAUCAUUUUGGACCUGACUGUGUGUGAACAUAUUAACUUAGUAGAACAGAUAGAGGCGUUUGAAAACACUACAAAUACAGAAUGGUUCAAAUGUAGGACUUUAGUCUCAGAGGCUGUGGAUUUAUUAUAUUGUCCGCUUUUAUUUAUGAACUUUUCUGGCCUAGUUUUUGAACCUAUAGUACUAUUAACACACUUAAACUGAGAGUAAAAUGAAUUAUCCUUCUGAAAGUCCUUAUGCCAUUUUGGUUUAAGGUAUUUGGUAAUAAAUAUACUGUAUUUUAAACCAAAGCUAAGUCAUAGAAAGACUUCAAAAGUAGUUGACAGUAGGUUAAUGUAUACAUUCUAUCUUGCAAAAUGUAUGUGAUUUUAGAAUGUACUUGAAUGUACUUCACCUUGGCUUUGCACAAAAUCGACCACGGAGACAGUGGCAUGUAGGUUGGUCUUCGACAGUGACUUUUUUAACCUCAGUUCUAGAAUAGACCCCUUAAAAGGUGAGUGUAUUGAUGUCAGGUGUUCCAAGAGACAAUAUCCUUCCCUUUAACCAAUUUUACCAUCAACACUCUUCAGCAAAUAUUUGUACAGUGAAUGUACUCAGUAAGUAUUUUCUGCAUAAAUGAUAGCUACCAGCAA